AUGGACGUGGCGCCUGAUUCCAGACAUCAGCGUCUGGCUCUCCCAGAAGCACGGGGAUACGGACUUUUCCUUACCCAGUUAUUGACGGGACACGGACAGUUUAAAACCUAUCUUUUUAAGAUGGAUCUGCACCGAACGUCGAUGUGCAAAUACUGCCCCGACAAAAUUGACGAUUCCGAACAUACGUUCUUCAAGUGUGUUUGGUGGAAGGACUACAGAAGCAGCACCGAAGAAAUCAUAGGCACUAGGCUCUCCCCGUCAAGCCUGGUGACCUAUAUGAUCGAAAAAGAGGAAAACUGGUCAGGUGUUGCAGCCUACGCACAGCACCUUUUGAAAGAAAAGACUUAG